AUGGCCACUGAAAACGCCAAGGAGGACCGAGACGCUCUUGAUGCGCUCGAGCUUGAGGCCAAGGAGUUUGAUAAGGAUGCCGAAAUAGAUAGAAUUUUGAAUGCAUUUCGCUUAGAUGCGUAUGCGGUGCUAGAUCUCCAGCCCGGUAUCACCGAAAGUGAUAUCAAGGCCUGCUACCGAAAGAAAUCCCUACUGAUCCAUCCGGAUAAAACAAAGAACCCCCGAGCCCCCGAUGCGUUCGACCGGUUGAAGAAGGCCCAGACGGAGCUGAUGGACGAGAAGCACCGCGAGCGCCUGGACGAGGCCAUCGCCGACGCGCGCAUGCUACUCAUCCGCGAGAACAAGUGGACGGUCGACAGCGAGGAGCUCAAGACGGACGACUUCGCCAAGAAGUGGCGUCUCAAAGCCCGCGAGGUCCUCAUCGACAACGAGCACCGCCGCCGCCGCCAGAUGAAGGCGCAGCUUCAGGAGGAGGGCCGGGAGCAGCGCCGGCAGGAUCAGGAGCUGGAGGAGAGGAAGCGGAAGAGGCAGCACGAACAAGACUGGGAGGCCACACGGGAUGAGCGCAUCAGCAGCUGGCGUACGUUCCAAAAGGGCAAGUCUGGUGAUGGCUCGGAGAAGAAGAAAAAGAAGAAGCUCAAGCCAAUUGGGUGA